CCCCCGCCGCUCGUCCCCGCCGCGGCCGCGCCGCCUGCAGCAGCAGCAGCUGCUCCUCCCUGGCGGCUGCCCCCCGCGGGUCCCUCCCUGGCUGCCGGAGACUCGGAGAUAGAGGGAGGACACUGCCGUGCCACCCGCACCAGAGACCUUCGCCUCGCCCUGUCGGUCCUCACCCUCUGGUAGGAACAUGGAUAAUCUCAGUGAUACCUUAAAGAAAUUGAAGAUAACAGCUGUUGACAGGACUGAAGAUAGUUUGGAAGGAUGCUUGGAUUGUCUGCUUCAAGCCCUGGCUCAAAACAAUAUGGAAACAAGUGAAAAAAUGCAAGGAAGUGGAAUACUUCAAGUGUUUGCAAGUCUUUUGACUCCACAGUCUUCCUGUACAGCCAAAGUMGCUAACAUCAUAGCAGAAGUAGCCAAAAAUGAAUUCAUGCGAAUUCCAUGUGUUGAUGCUGGAUUGAUUUCACCACUGGUACAGCUGCUAAAUAGCAAAGACCAGGAAGUACUGCUGCAAACUGGCAGGGCUCUAGGAAACAUAUGUUACGAUAGCCAUGAGGGCAGAAGUGCAGUUGACCAAGCAGGUGGUGCACAGAUUGUAAUUGACCAUUUAAGGUCACUGUGCAGUAUAACAGAUCCCGCCAAUGAGAAGCUCUUGACUGUCUUUUGUGGCAUGCUGAUGAACUAUAGCAAUGAGAAUGAUUCCCUUCAGGCUCAGCUUAUCAAUAUGGGUGUUAUCCCUACCUUAGUGAAAUUACUGGGCAUCCACUGCCACAAUGCGGCUCUUACAGAAAUGUGUCUUGUUGCAUUUGGUAAUUUAGCAGAACUUGAGUCAAGUAAAGAACAGUUUGCUAGUACCAAUAUUGCUGAAGAGCUAGUAAAACUCUUCAAGAAACAAAUAGAACAUGAUAAGAGAGAAAUGAUUUUUGAAGUUCUUGCUCCAUUGGCAGAAAAUGAUGCUAUUAAACUACAACUGGUUGAAGCAGGCCUUGUUGAGUGCCUCCUAGAGAUUGUGCAGCAGAAGGUGGAUAGUGACAAGGAGGAUGACAUUGCUGAGCUCAAGACUGCUUCAGAUCUAAUGGUGUUAUUACUUCUUGGAGAUGAAUCCAUGCAGAAACUAUUUGAAGGAGGAAAAGGCAACGUGUUCCAAAGGGUGCUUUCUUGGAUUCCAUCGAAUAACCACCAGCUACAGCUUGCUGGAGCAUUGGCAAUUGCAAAUUUUGCCAGAAAUGAUGGAAAUUGUAUUCAUAUGGUAGACAAUGGAAUUGUAGAAAAACUUAUGGAUUUACUGGACAGACAUGUAGAAGAUGGAAAUGUCACUGUACAGCAUGCAGCACUAAGUGCCCUCAGAAAUCUGGCUAUUCCAGUGGUAAAUAAAGCAAAGAUGUUAUCAGCUGGAGUCACAGAGACAGUUUUGAAAUUCCUUAAAUCUGAAAUGCCCCCAGUUCAGUUCAAACUUCUGGGAACAUUAAGAAUGUUAAUAGAUGCACAAGCAGAAGCUGCUGAACAACUGGGAAGAAAUGUUAAGCUAGUGGAACGUUUGGUAGAAUGGUGUGAAGCCAAAGAUCAUGCUGGUGUGAUGGGAGAGUCGAACAGACUGCUCUCUGCCCUCAUACGCCACAGUAAAUCAAAAGAUGUAAUUAAAGCCAUUGUACAGAGUGGUGGCAUCAAGCAUCUAGUUACCAUGGCAACUAGUGAACAUGUAAUAAUGCAGAAUGAAGCCCUUGUUGCUUUGGCAUUAAUAGCAGCUUUAGAAUUGGGAACUGCUGAAAAAGAUCUAGAAAGUGCUAAGCUUGUACAGAUUUUACACAGACUGCUAGCAGAUGAGAGAAGUGCUCCUGAAAUCAAAUAUAAUUCAAUGGUCUUGAUCUGUGCUCUCAUGGGAUCUGAAUCUCUACACAAGGAAGUGCAGGAUUUGGCCUUUCUAGAUGUUGUAUCCAAACUUCGCAGUCAUGAGAACAAAAGUGUUGCCCAACAGGCCUCCCUAACAGAGCAGAGACUCACAGUGGAAAGCUGAGAACUGCCUCUCCCUGACACGCGGCACCAUCCCAUCUAAUUUCCCCUUUGUCCUCCAUCCAGCUGCCUCUUCCACUUCAUUCUCUACCACAUCACUUGUGCAUGCGUGUAAUGUUCCAAUAUCAAUUGAAGAACUGCUGUAGGUACCUGCCUAAUAAGAUUUCUAAACCCAUAGUUAGUGUGAACAUGACUGUCAAAACAAGUCUCCACCCAUAACUGUUCUCUUGUAUUCCUGUUGCUUGAGCUACAUUAAGUAGAAUGUGCAUGUUGUAGUCCUAUGAUGAUGUAAACUUGGUACAACAUAAUGACUUGCUCCUCACAUGCAGUAAACCACAUAAUAACGUACUGGUAAAUUAGAAACAAAGAAUGCAGCAGGAUCUGUCUAGCUUGAAGAUGAAAUUGAAUAGUAAAAAAAAAGUAGCUCCAUUUCUCUUUUUUUUUUUUUUGGGGGGGGGGGGUACUUGGAAAGCACAAUGACCAAAACAAACUGUAUGGCUGCUCCUUGGUUAGUCCUACCUACUAAUGUCAAUCCCAUGGUACCUAGAGUUAAAUAAAAUUCCAGUGCUCACUCUUUAUCCUAUGAUUUUUCCUGUUCCUAACUGUGUAGACUACUGAAAACUGCUAUAACCUUGGCAAGACUUCUGAGGUUUCUGAUUGAUUCCAUAUUUAAUUGACAGUCAUCAAUAGCCUAAUAUUGAAAACAGUUGUAGUUUUCAGUGUGGUUAACACUAAGAGGUUAAAGAAUCCCUUUUUUGAGUUUUGCCUGUGGCACCUUAGAUUCUGAUAUAUGUGUAGUUUCAUCUCAGAACUCCUUCCAUCACUUAAUCGGCAUUGUUAACAUUUGUCUUUAAAAGCCAUUGGCAUUUGUUUUCAACUGAGGAAAAUUGAGUAUAGCACAUUUAAGAAUGUAUUUUUUCUGUCUUUCAUCAUUCAGGUUGAAAGCAAGAAGUUCAUCUUUCAUAGUCCUUUUUAAGCCUUAUAGUGAGACAUAGGAGGAAAGAUGAAGAAAAUAAGCUUGUCUAGACUAAAGAAAGGAAGGCAGGUUAUAAAAGCCAUAGUAGUCAGUCCAGUACAUCCUGCAGGUGGCCUCAUACUAAUCACUAUUCGGGUUUCCCACUCCACUUUCCCUCUGAGAACUACAGUAAUCUUAUAGGCUGUAAGAAAGCCAAGACUUGAGAAGAACCCCUUGGCAAAAUAUAGUGUACUCUUCACUGCCAAUACACUAUGGGUUUUUAGAGCUUUGACACACGAUCUUUGUAAAUUAAUCAGAAUGUCCCUGUGACCCAUCUGCCUUCUCCCCAUACCCAGGUUUGACCACUACUGGCCUACAAGGGAGGCUGGGCUUCACUCCAGGACUGCAAGGCAGCAGAAAAGGGCUGCCAAGGAGGGGACAGGAGUUCCUUCCUCUCUACCUGAGAUGCCCAUCUCUGUGUGAUCUAAGUUGGACUUUUGACUCAUACAGCUGUAAUUCAAGAAUGUUAAAACCCUAAUGAAGAACCUUUUGAUUGUUCCCUUUGAUAUCUAACUCUAAGGGACUAUUGUGAGUGCUUAUGCUACACUUUCUGUAAGAAUGAUCUUGUAUUUAUUGUUGUUCUCCUGGGCUGGAUAGUGGACUCUAUUUUGUUAGGUUUUGAAAGACAUCUGUAAUGUUACAUAAUAGACUAUCCAUAUUAAUAACUUAAUAAAUAGUGUAUCAAACUAUAA